AUGGCCUGGGCCUUUCUUACUCUCACAAUAGCUUCGAGGGUGACGGGACAAUGGGCCGACCUGACGCUUUCACGAACCCACGGUGACGCACAUUCUCUUUCCGUCGAGAGGUUUGAAGCCGUCUAUGCCGCUGUUGGCAAUGAUACUUCCGAAAAUAGAUUAGACCAACGAUAUACCCUCGACAAGAUCCGUGCUCCUUACCAAGCAGUCCAAGAACACUCCAUAAAGACGAAUCCAUACUAUUUUACCGGUACCCUUUCCACAGUAGCGAUCGUACCAGGAUCAUACAACCUGGUCAUCAACUUAAUGUCAAAUCACUCGGAAGAGGAGCCAUCCGGAUACUUGGACAGUUAUAGUUUCAAACAAUUCUUUGGUGUAACAGGCUACCCUGGCUCUUUCAUCUGGCACAAAGGACAGGAACGCAUUCCCAAAAACUGGUACAAGCGCCCAACCAUUUCCCCUUACGGCCUGACCGACUCAUUAGUAGACAUCGGUAUUGGAUAUCUCGCAUACCCAAAGGCCCUGAGAAUCGGCGGAAAUAACGGAUCAGUGAACUCAUUCACUGGCAUCAGUCUUGAGGACCUCACCGGUGGCGUCUUGAAUGUCAAGAACUUGUUUGAGGGCGACAACUUUGCAUGCCUCACUUUCGCUCUUGCACAACAGGCCAUUACACAUCUUUUUAAAGGGGCCGCUGGAGUCUGUCAACAACUCAACCAAUUUCGUUGA